AUGCCUGAGUCGGAAAACCCGCCGCCCAAGCAGAGCGAAAGUGCGGACCAGCCCACGGUUCCAACGGACGUCCCGACCUCUGAAUUCCACGAGCGCGCCGACGCAUAUCUAGAGGAGCUAUUGAACAGGCUGGAGGAGCAACAGGACAAGACGCCAGACCUGGAGGUGGAGUAUUCGGCUGGCGUCCUCGAAGUCAAGAUCCCGUCCAGAGGCCACACAUACGUGCUCAACAAGCAGCCACCGAAUAAACAGAUUUGGUGGAGUUCGCCCGUAUCGGGGCCGAAGCGAUUUGACUGGGUAGUGUCGGGCGAGUCGAUGCACCACAAGGAAGGGGGUGGCAACGGAGACUGGAUAUACCUACGAGACGGCACCUCUUUGACGGAGCUGAAUUCUUAUGUGCGUGAAUCUAGGCAGCGAUGGCGACGGCUUGCGGCGCAUCGUCCUUCUUUUCUGGAGGGAGGUCCGACUGAAACAGUUAGUAUGUCUACUGUGGCUAGGAUGUGGUCUGAGGGCGCUUACUGCAUCAAAUAUUAUCCUGAUCAUGAGACUACAACUAGGGCAGCGCGCAAUGUCUUCUCCAUCUCGCAUGUCGGCGAUGGAGAUCUCGAAACGGUCACCGCAGGGACAUGGGUGGUGGUAUAUCUGGAGUGUUUCGUCGUAGAAGCAGUCCUCGAUCUCGAUCUCGUCGUAGAGGUUCAGCUCUUCGUCUGCCAUAUUGCCUGCCCGGUGGGUUCUGUUACAGACGGCCACGCAUUCACUCAGCCAUCACCCGCCCCACGACGCCCCACGCUCGAUUAUGGGCAAACCCUCCCAAUCGACCUCUGCCGCAGCACCAUGAACGAUGUCGAGUCGGCCACGGUCAAGCUCGCCGAGCUGCUCCGGCACCCCGAGGACCUGGACAAGAUCCCCGCGCUCAAGGCCGAGUUCACGCGCAAGAAGACGGCCGUCGAUGCCCAGCUGCGUCAUGGCCUGCGCGAGCAGCUCGAGGUGACGCAGGCGGGCAUGAACAGCAUCACCGACGGCCAGCGCGCCGUCAACCUCAUCAAGGAGGAGAUGAUGAAGAUAGACAAGCUGUGCGCCGAGGCCCAGAACAUGAUCCAGGACUUUCCCCACAUCAACCUCGUCGCCCAGACGCACAAGAACUUCGAGCAGGUCGAGACGAUGAAACACGACAUCGACAACUUCCAGCGGCGGCUGGAGGAUCUCGAGUACCUGCUGGGCCAGGACGACGAGGACCCUGCCAAUCAGCCGAAUCUGCUGGAGAUCCACUAUGGCCUCACACAGCUGCGCGAGGUGCGGGACAAGGCAAUACGGCAGAUCAAGAGCUCUGAGGAUGCGUCCACCGAGCUCAUCGACAAUCUCGCCCUUGAAGCAGGGGUCACGGUCCAGGACCUCUUUUCCCGCCUGGACGAUGUCAUCGAGUGGUUCGACAAGCACAUUGGAGAGGCGUGCAUAAAUCUAAUUGAGUUGGUGCAGGCGGGCAAUGACGGCAUGGUGGUUCGCCUGGCGCUGGUCAUUGAGGAAGAGGAGAAGUCGGACCGCAAGGCCAGAGCGCUCCAGGAUGCACAGCGCGAGUACAAGGACCUGGCUUCGCGCUUCAAAUCGAUCGCCACCGGGUCCACCGAGUUGCGCGGAUACAAGGAAAAGUUUAUCAAGUCCAUUGAAUUUGUCUGCAAAGCCAGCUUCGAGGAGACCAACGAGAAGUUCAUCGAAGAUCCAGACAAAUUGGAGAAAAGCUUCAAGUGGUACUUCAAUAACUUGAACACGGUCAAGCUUGGCAUGCAAGCCCUCAUGCCGAAGAAGUGGAAGAUAUUCAAGACUUAUUGCGACAUUUACCACAAACACAUGCACGAUUGGCUAGUUACACUCGCCGACGACCAAGGCUUAGGCCCUCCGUACUUGCUCGCCAUCAUCAACUGGGUUGAUAAGUACUACGCGAAAAUGCAGAAACUGCAGGUCGCCGAAGAAGAAUUACAGCCGCAUGUGGUCGACAACCGCGUGCCAGAGCUUGUUCGCACCUACCGACAGAUCAUAAUUGACGCUGUCGUGCAAUGGAUGGACAACAUGGCCGCCACAGACAGGAGACAGUUUGCCGACCGAGACGAGAGCGCGCUCACCCAGAACGCCGACGGUUACUUUCAAACAAAUACGCUGGGUGACAUGUGGACCAUGUUGGCCCAGCAAAUCUCCGUCGCCGCAAGCAGCGAUCGUACAGACGUCGCCGAAGGGGUCGUAGAAUCCAUGUUCCGGGCUCUCGCAUCCCGCCAACGUAUGUGGGAAACUAUGAUAGAGACUGAGAGAGCAAGAUAUGCCGCCCCCGGCUCUUCUCCAGAAGGCGCCUCACCCUUCCAAGACUGGCUCAUCUCCAUCGCCAACGACCAGAUCAUAUGCAUUGACGAGUCUGAUGCGGAUGGCCAAACUUCAUUCCUUGGCUCUUUUGAACGCGAUGUCACCCCGCUCAUGUCUCAGACGUAUAUUCCUACCAUGACCACGCAGCUCGAUACCCUGAAAAGCGCCUAUGUCGAUCUGGCAACCAAAUGCGUCCAGAUCUGGUGCCAAAUCAUCUUCUAUACCGACUUCCGCCCCAUUCUCACGGACCUUUUCACGGCGAAUUGGUACAGCCAGAAGACCAUGUCUUCUAUUACCACCACUUUCUCCGACUACCUAAACGACUACAUACCAGCAGUGCACCAAUCACUACGGGACCUGCUCGUUAUUCAGCUUUCGGAUGAACUACUGAUACACUACCUCUCAGCUGUUCGCAACAAGGGUGCGAAGUUUAAGCGCUCCGAUCCCUUCGCAGACAAGAUCAAGGAUGAUCUCCUUACCGUUUUCGAGUUCUUCAGUCGGUAUGACGUUGGUGUUGAGAUCAAGGAUCAGUGGCGGGUCGUCCAGUCAUUCCUUUCGCUUCUUACGGCGGACAAGGCGAAUGUCCCAUUCGUGUACGAGAAGUUCAAAUACGCCUAUUGGGACGUACACAUUGGAUGGGUAGAAGCGGUCCUCCGAGCUAGAGACGACUUUGAGCGGAGCAUGUUGAACGCGGUGAAGGCAAAGGCUGCGGAGGUCAGUAUCCAACCGGGCGCCGUGGAGACGAUUAUGAGUCGUGUGAAGUGA